AUGCCGGGUGUUGUCGAUACUCUCGCCGGCCCAAGCUGGCCAGGGCUGGGAUAUACGGUCGCGCACCAAAAGGUCGAGCUGGAAAUAGAUUUCGCCAACCGGAGCCUCAAGGGCAAAACCGAGAUCAUAAUUCACCCGCACUAUCGAGAUCUGCGCACGAUUCGGCUGAACUUCAGACAGGGAGAGUUAAAGCGUCUGAAUGUUAGCGGAAAAGUGCCUACAGUCAAAUAUGUCGACCCCUACGAGUCCCUGCAGCUAUACGGUCCUCAUUACCACCCGCGUCUAACGUCGAAAAUCGAUCGCCUCCUCAAAACUCCUGCUGAACCCGAUCUCCUCGUGACCCUUCCGAAAAGCGUCCGCAUAGAAGAGCUUGACCCGUUCUCUGUCGAGGCUCAAGACCAGAUGGCGUUGCGUGCCCCGGGAACAACGGACGACACGGAGGGACCAUUAAGCUCGAAAGCUGCGGAUACUUCUCUCCCGCGUUUCACAGCGCUCACAGUCUACAUCGAGUUUGUGGUGGAAAACAUACGGGAUGGUUUACAGUUCGUUGGAUUAGAAGGUGGUGACAGGCGCUACCCGCACGCCUAUACGACAAAUUCGUUAAACCAUGGCACUGGAUGUCCUCUCUUCCCAUGUGUUGACGACCCAUCUUCGCGCUGUACCUGGGAAAUCUCAAUUAGAUGUCCGUGCACCCUUGGUGAUAUCUUCGAACGCAAAUCGCGGGACCAGUCAGGCACAACCGGCAGUCGCACAAAGAAUCACGAUCGAUUUUUUGCACCGGACGACGAGGCUCUCGACUUGUCCGUUGUUUGCUCUGGGGACUUGACGGAUGAUAUUGUUGACCCGAGGGAUCCCAGCCAGAAGACCGCAUCGUUUGCUUGCUACUCGCCCUUGUCUGCUCGUCAAAUUGGGUUUGCUGUCGGUCCUUUCGAGUAUGUCAACCUUUCCGAUUUCCGUGAAAGCGAUCAGGAUGAGCAGCUUGGCCAGAACGCCAUUCCCUUGCAUGCAUUCUGCCUACCUGGCAGGGGCGAUGAAGUCCGUAACACCUGCUUCCCGAUGGCAAAAGCCAUUGAUUUCUUCUCAUUGACGUAUGGGUCUUACCCAUUCGCAAGCUACAAGAUAUGCUUUGUCGAUGACGCACCAGAAGACACAUUGCCAACAGCUUGUUUCUCAAUCUGUAGCAGUCACCUUCUGUUUCCGGAAGAGAUAAUUGACCCCAUGUACGAUUCGACUCGAAUUAUUACACAUGCGCUGGCCGUCCAAUGGAUUGGGGUCAACAUUGUCCCCAAAGAGCCGGCCGACACGUGGGUAACAGUCGGAGUUGCUUGGUAUAUCACAGAUACCUUUAUGCGCAAACUUUGCGGAAAUAAUGAGUACCGUUUUCGACUCAAGCAAAUGUCGGACAGGGUUUGUGACCUCGAUUAUGAACGCCCCUCGAUACACGAUAUGGGAAACAUCCUGAGCAUAGACCCAUCGGAGGCCGAUUUCAUAGCGCUCAAAGCGCCCCUGGUCCUCUUCAUUCUGGAUCGACGUCUAACUAAAGCCAGUGGAAAGGCCACAAUGUCCCGGAUUAUCUCCCGCCUUUUUUUGAAUGCUCGCAUGGGUGAAAUACCAAAUGGCGCUGUCACCUCUUCCCUGUUCCAAAAAACAUGCGAACGGCUUGGGCACGCAAAGUUGGAUACAUUUUUCCACCAGUGGGUUUAUGGCGCCGGGUGCCCGCGCUUCCAGGCAACUCAGAGAUUCAACAAGAAGAAACUGGUGGUGGAAAUGAUGAUCAAGCAAGUCCAGUCAGAUCAGCCAAGCGUCCGAGACCUGGAGAAGCAUGCUUUCAUGCGUGACGUGAAAGAAGAAAUUCGAAACGUUUAUGCUGGUGUAAUCCAACCAGUAUUUACAGGCUCUAUGACGAUCAGAAUCCACGAAGCCGAUGGCACGCCAUAUGAACACAUCGUUGAGAUCAAAGAAGGCAUCACAAAAUUCGACAUACCAUAUAACACAAAGUAUAAACGUCUGAAACGAAACAAGCGACAGAAAGAGCGGGCGGCUGCAGUUGUGGGAGCCGACGGCAACACGGAAGUACAGGAGGAUGUGCUGCUUUACUGUCUUGGGGAUGUAUUGCAGACGGAGGAGGAAAUGCAACAAUGGCGACUGGCGGAUUGGAGCAAAGAGGAUGAAGAGAGAAUGGGUCAGGAGUCUUACGAGUGGAUUCGCAUGGAUGCGGACUUUGAAUGGAUCUGUAAGCUCUCGUUGGUAAUGCCUGGAUACAUGUAUCUUUCGCAACUCCAACAAGACCGUGACGUGGUGGCCCAGCUAGAGGUUGGUCAAGAUACCCUUUUGUCCUUCCAGACACUAACAGUUUCAUAG